CCCCCCGAGGCCAUUUUUGGGGUGCCCCAGUCGUCCCGAAGGGUCGCUGGAGACCCGAAUGACUAUCCAAAAGCCAAGCCCCUGUCGUCGUGAACAGGAUCACGGCAAAGGAUGCUUGCCCAUCUGCGGCCUCGGGGGCCCUCACCGAACUAGGGGGCCGUCCGAAGACGGCGCGGGGCGGAAGGCCAGCCCAGGGGAGAGGGUCCAGACGCCUGCACACGUGGAGCCACGUUGCGAAACAGCCACGACGUCGCGUGUCUGGGAAUCCGGGCGUGGAACAAAAUGCCAAGCUCAAGGCGAAUUUUUGUUCGCCGUCUUUGACCUCCUUGGGCCCCUCGCCAGGCACCGCACGCUCGCAAGAGGGCGCGGCUAGACGGCGCAUCGGCAGGAAUUCCGCUUGAGAAAAGGCCAAGGCGAACAUGAAAAAAAACCGGAACGCGAGCGCGCCGGAGCACAGACACCGUACACAUACCACUGCUUAGCAGCGGAUGGCUUUACAGUCUCGUGGAAAACGCGCAGAGGAGGAGGAGGAGGAGGAGGCGGAGGCGGAGGAGGAGGAGGAGGAGGAGGAGGAGGAGGAGAGGCGGCGGAGGAGGGCAAGGCCUGGCCCUCAGGGCGAGCGCUCCGAGGGCAGAGCCUCGAAGCGGAGCCCCGGGGAGCCCCAGAGGCACGACGCGGUCGCGCAGGCGCCACCGAGCAGGCAGCCCGGCGCCCCCUCCGACGCCGCGCCUUCACGGCGCCACGCGCGCGGAGCCGCCGCCGCAGCCACAGCCGCAGCACCACCUCCGACGCCUGAGCCUGAUGGCUCCGUGGCCGUGGCCGCAGCCGCACCUUCAUCUCGACACGCCCCUGGCCCUCCGACGGUCCCAGCGGGCCCCUCGCCGCGCACCUUGGCGGCCCCGUCGGCGUCGCGGGGCUGCCGCGUAGCCUCUUCGCGCACGCCCUUGGGGCCGCCGGCGGGCUUCGGGCGGUCCCGGAACACUGACAUCAGCACGAUGCUGGCGAACAUCACGGAAUACAGCCACACGCGGUUGUCACGCUCGGGAUGUUGUCAUAUAGCGUCACCUGCAAAAUGUAUCCAAAAGCCAUGCACGCGGAAUUGUUGAUUAUCGCGCUCGCGGCUGCCGGGCACAACUGCGAACCAGCGCUGAUCAAAAGGGUUGCAAAGCCCGUUGAUAUCACAAGCAAAGUAAACCAGCCAAUGGCGCCUGAAGCUGAGGCAGUCAAUGUGCCCGACGGGUGCUCAUCAACAAGUCGCGUCAAGGGCAGAACCAUAAACACAAUUGAUGCCUGUGCAACCGUCGCUAGCGUCAGCAGCGAUGGCGCAGCUGUGGGGCAUUUUCUGGACGCAAUAAAAAUGCCUGCUUUGCUCAUGCCAGAUAAAAGCGCUAGAAUGU